AUGGCUGUGGGUAACAAACAACAAAAUCCUUCCUUUGUCCUGAAGGCAGUCAAAGAGGUUGUGUUUGAAGAUAGACCAAAGCCUCAACUGCGAGACCAAAACGAUGUCAUCGUACACGUCGCGCAAACAGGCAUCUGUGGAAGCGAUGUACACUACUGGCAGCGUGGCCGCAUUGGAUCCUAUGUCCUGACCGGUCCGAUGGUCCUGGGCCACGAGUCCUCGGGCGUCAUUGCGGAAGUUGGCUCCGAGGUCAAGCACCUGAAGCCGGGUGAUCGCGUAGCCAUGGAGCCUGGUGUCCCCUGUCGUCGUUGUGACUACUGCCGGGGCGGAUCCUACCAUCUCUGCGGAGACAUUAUCUUUGCUGCUACGCCACCAUGGGACGGCACUCUGGCAAAGUACUAUGUCAAUGCUGCAGACUUCUGCUACAAGAUCCCUGAUCAUAUGAACCUAGAAGAAGGUGCAAUGGUCGAGCCCGUGUCCGUUGCAGUCGCCAUCGCGAAGACUGCUGACUUGCGAGCCCAUCAAAAGGUGGUUGUGCUUGGCUGCGGCCCCAUUGGCAUCUUGUGCCAGGCCGUUGCAAAGGCCGCUGGUGCUGCCAAGGUUAUUGGUAUAGAUGUCGUGCAAUCUCGUCUGGACAUCGCCAAUUCCUAUGGCGUCGAUGGAACGUAUAUGCCACAGCGUGCCGAGCCCGGCGCUGAUGCCAUGGAGCACGCAGAGCGGACUGCAAAUGAUAUCAAGGAGAAGAUGGGACUUGGUGAGGGCGCUGAUGUCGUCCUGGAGUGCUCGGGGGCCGAAGCUUGCAUACAGAUGGGAAUCUAUGUAGCGCGCCGAGGCGGAACAUUUGUCCAGGCCGGUAUGGGUAAAGAGGUCGUAAAUUUCCCCAUCACUGCAGUUUGUACCCAGGGCCUGGUCAUCAAGGGUUCAAUCAGAUACUUGACUGGCUGUUACCCGGCAGCCAUUGACCUGAUCUCGAGCGGGAAGAUUGACGUCAAGAAGCUCAUCACGAAUAGAUUCAAGUUCGAGCAGGCAGAGGAGGCGUUUGAGCUCGUUCGACAAGGUCGACAGGAUGUCUUCAAAGUCAUGAUUGAAGGAGUACAGGCAUGA